AUGAGCCCUUCUUUUCUCGACCAACCAUCUCACGACCACCCAACCCCAAUCAUCAACAAGCGGUGGAUGGACUACCAAGGUUCCAAAAAUUGGGAAGGCAUGCUCGACCCCCUCGACGACAACCUACGAUCCGAGAUCAUACGUUACGGCCAUUUUGUCGAGGCCGCCUAUAGAUCCUGCGACUUCGACCCCUCCUCCCCCACAUACGCCAUGUGUCGCUUUCCCAAGCGGAAGCUUCUCGACGGGUCGGGUUUUCCCUGCACGGGCUACCGGGUCACCAAGAACCUGGUUGCCACGUCGGGUAUAGAGCUUCCAGACUGGGCCGAACGAGGCCCAGUCUGGAUGGUUCGCAAAUCCGCCUGGAUUGGGUACGUGGCCGUGUGUCACAACCCGAGGGAAAUCUCGAGGCUCGGCAGACGGGACGUGGUCGUGGCUUUUCGAGGCACGGCCACGGGUCUCGAGUGGGUCGAAAAUCUCCGAGCAACCCUGUCACCUCUAGAUUUCAACCCCCAAAACCAAUCGGGAUCAGUACCCGAGGCGACGGUGGAGAGCGGGUUCUUGAGUUUGUACACGUCGAGAUCGGAAAAAAACCGGUUGAGUUUGCAAGAACUCGUGAGGCAAGAAAUAUCUCGAGUUAUCCAAGUCUACGGUGAGGAGCCGUUGAGCUUCACGAUUACCGGACACUCGCUAGGGGCGGCCCUCGCCACGCUGGUGGCCUACGACAUCAAGGAGAUGUUUGGAAAGUCGCGUAUGGUGACCGUGGUAUCGUUCGCGGGGCCACGUGUAGGGAACCGGAGCUUCCGGUGCCAGCUGGACAGGCAGGGGACAAAAAUCCUACGGAUUGUGAACAAUGAUGACGUGGUGACGAAGGUGCCGGGAUUUGUGGUCGGAAAUGAGGAGAAGAACGGCGAGGGGUGGGUUCAGAAGCUGGUGGAGGACACGCAAUGGGUGUAUGCUGACGUGGGAUGCGAGCUGAGGCUCAGUAGCCGGGACUCACCAUACCUCAACGGUAGGGAUCUGGCCACGUGUCACGAUCUCAAGACGUAUCUGCAUCUGGUGGACGGGUUUGUGGGAUCCAACUGCCCUUUCAGGGCCACGGCCAAGAAAAUGAUGAUGAGCGGAUCAAGUAAUUAA